GCGGCCGCAGCGGCCGCGCACCAUGCUACCUGCGGCCGCCGGGGCGGCUUCUUGGAACCCUUGCUCGCGGCGAUGACAGCCACCCCAGAGAAGCCGCGGCAGCUCAGUCCUCGGACAAUUUGAAAGUACAAUAGUUGGUUCCCUGUCCACCCGCCCCGCUCCGCUUGCCACCACAGCACGCCUGUCGGAUCUGAGCGGAGAAGCCCGCUGCUUGGCUUCCGUGCUGCUGUCUCGCUCUAUAGACGCCUGACACAUAGGGUUUAAGACAUUAACUGUAAUUAGCAAUCAAAAGAAAAAGGAGAAAAGGAAGGGAACCAUCACUGGGUUACUAUGCACUUGCGACUGAUUCCUUGGUUUUUUAUCAUGUUGAACUUUAUGGAAUACAUCGGCAGCCAAAACGCCUCCCGGGGAAGGCGCCAGCGAAGAAUGCAUCCUAAUGUCAGUCAAGGCUGCCAAGGAGGCUGUGCAACGUGUUCAGAUUACAAUGGAUGUUUGUCAUGUAAGCCCAGACUAUUUUUUGUUCUGGAAAGAAUUGGCAUGAAGCAGAUUGGAGUGUGUCUCUCUUCAUGUCCAAGUGGAUAUUAUGGAACUCGAUAUCCAGAUAUAAAUAAGUGUACAAAAUGCAAAGCUGACUGUGAUACUUGUUUCAACAAAAAUUUCUGCACAAAAUGUAAAAGUGGAUUUUACUUACACCUUGGAAAGUGCCUUGACAAUUGUCCAGAGGGGUUGGAAACUAACAACCACACCAUGGAGUGCGUCAGUAUAGUGCACUGUGAGGCGAGUGAAUGGAGCACUUGGAGUCCAUGCACGAAGAAAGGAAAAACUUGUGGCUUCAAAAGAGGGACUGAAACACGGGUCCGGGAAAUAAUUCAGCACCCUUCAGCAAAGGGUAACCUGUGUCCCCCGACAAGUGAGACAAGAAAGUGUACAGUGCAAAGAAAGAAGUGUCAAAAGGGAGAACGAGGAAAAAAAGGAAGAGAGAGGAAAAGAAAAAAGCUUAAUAAAGAAGAAAAUAAGGAAGCAAUACCUGACAAUAAAAGUCUGGAAUCCAGCAGAGAAACUCCAGAACAACGAGAACACAAAGACAAACAGCAGCAGAAGAAGCGAAAAGUCCAAGACAAACAACAGAAAUCGGUAUCAGUCAGCACUGUGCACUAAAGGGUCCCAUGAGAUUGCUAUAGACUCAUGAUGCUGCUAUCUCAAACAGAUGCCCAGGACAGGUGUUCUAGCCAUUAGGACCACAAAUGGACAACAUAUCAGUUACUGCUCUGUCUAAACAACAUUCCAGAUAGUUGCUAUAUUCUUCCUUACAAGCAUAGUAAACAACAAAGAGCAAAAGUUCAAAGAAGGGAUACUUUCAAAUGGUUAUCUUCUGUGCUUCUGCGCAUUUUUAAAAGACAAGAGUUUUGUGUAUAAUGAUCAAUAGGCUAUAAGGUGUAACAACGUAAUGACAUCUGAAGAAACAUCUUGUUCCUAUAAAAAUAUUUGUUCAAUCUAUUAUCUUAAGAAGCAAAAGAUAAUUCUGCAAAUUCAAAGAUGCAGUAUCCCUUCAAAACAAAUAGGAGAUCAGGGGAGAGAAACAUCGUUGAACAGACCGUGUUGUUUUGUCCAAGAGGUCUAGAGAUCUCUUAGGGCACUCCUGGCAUUUGGAAUCACAGGACUCAAACAUCACAGAAACAACGGUUUUAAGAUUAGUUCUAUUGUCCUCAUCCUGUACUUCUGCAAGAAACAUGAGAGUGUAUGCCACAGUUAAAUAUACUGUAUGAGAUUGGAGAAGGCAAAAUGUGGAAGAAAUCAUAGAGUUGGAGAUUACUUUUGUGCUUUUCAAAACAGUGAAAGGUCGGGACCACCUGGAACAGGUCCCCAAUCUAUGUCAGCACUAUAACAUUCAGCCUCUGAUACCCCUUGAAUUAUAUAAGUCUGUAAACAGAUGCCUGUAACUUCCUUCCAAAAGCAAAAUCAUACUUAUUAGAAGAAAAUUCUGAUUUCAUAGAAAACAAAAAAUAGAGCAAGGGGAUUAUAAUAUGUUUGCCAAGUCUUGUGUUUUCUUUUUCUCUCAAUGGGGGAAAACAAUUUUAUGACCUGCUCCAUGGUCCACCUGGAACUAAAAGGGAUACUACUUUCUAACAAGGUGUAUCUAGUAGGGGAGAAAGCCACCACAAUAAAUAUAUUUGUUAAUAGUU